AAUAGGUCUUUGGCGGUACUACGAGUUCUUACGCUACACUAGGCUGCGUGAGUAUGGUGACGAUACGGAAAUAUCCCGUGUGUGUUGGUAGAGAGAAAGGAUUGAAGAAGACUAAGAAUGUUCGACCGAAAAAGCCAUCAAACAGAAGAGGACGUAUAUCCAAACAAGCAAAGUUCGCACGGAGUCUGAUCCGUGAAGUUGUUGGUUUUGCACCUUUUGAAAAGCGAAUGCUUGAAUUGCUGAAGAACGAUAAGGAAAAGAGAGCUCUUAAGUUUGCCAAGCGACGAAUUGGAGGUCACAGAAGAGCCAAGAGGAAAAGGGAAGAAAUGAUGUCCAUUGUUAAGUCAGUGAGAAUGAAAUAAAUUGGAAAUAUACGCCUGAACUCGAUUGAUUUAUCGUUCUCAGUAUUUAUGUCUUUUAUGAUGGUUAUUGUUGUGCAAGUAAUCUAAGCCUGCUGGUGUUGGAUGAAUCGCGCGUGUCCAAGGACAUUCUACA